AUGGCUUUUAAAGUGGGAUUAAUUGCCUUAACGCUCCUUGUCGGAAGCUUGGCACUACCUGCUAAAGAAGAUGACAUGUCCAUCUUCUUCGACCACACAGACCCCGAUGCACGCAUUGUCGGUGGAACUGUGGCCGGAACUGUCCCGUGGAUGGCGGUGUUAACCAACGGAUUGCUAGUCAGAAAUUUAUUGUGUGGAGCCUCUAUCAUCACAGACAGACAUUUGCUCACAGCCGCCCAUUGUAUCGAUUCAGUAUUUAGCUGGGGUAGUUUGAGCAGUUCUCUUCGUGCUACAGUCGGCACAAAUCGUUGGAACAGUGGAGGAGUGCAAUACGACAUCGCUAGGAACAUCACCCACCCUAACUACGUCUCCAGAAUUAUCAAGAACGACAUUGGGAUACUCAUCACCAGAAAUGCAAUACGCUUUACUAAUACUAUUUCUCCUGUUACCUUGAGCUUUGAUGUGGUCGGCAAUGGUGUCGCAACAACUGUCAAUGGAUGGGGAAGAAUACGGGCUGGAGGUGCUAUAUCUGCUCAGCUUCUGGAACUACAAGCCGCCACUAUCGAUGGUCUCGUCUGUAUGAUUGAAGUUCCACGGGUCGCUACCGAGAUUAACUUCCCAUCGCGUCCACCACCCGUGGAACCCCACAUUGAAAUCUGUACCCACCACUCUGUCGGUCAUGGUACUUGCAACGGUGACUCCGGCAGUCCACUUCUAAGGAGCGACACCAGAGAACAGAUAGGUCUCGUGUCUUGGGGAAUUCCAUGCGCACACGGUGCACCAGACAUGUUUGUAAGGAUCAGUGCAUACAAAGCCUGGCUCGAAUCUUCCAUUCUGUAA